AAAAAAUUAAAAAGUCAUAAUAGAGUAUGUCGAAUAAAAGUCAUUGCAUUUAUUUUGAAAACCUCGUCCGGAUGUCUUGUUGUUAUUGUUAAUUGCUACCUUGACACCGAUGCGCUCCUCUUUUACAAUGAAAAAAAGAGUCCCGAGUCCCAGCGGACACUAGUGGACCCUCUUCGGACGCAGUGUGGAGCAGCAGCAGCCAGGAUGAUCCCUGUGGGUGAAUUCAGAAACUUCGGCGUAGAGCAGAACUCCAAGUAUCGGGUCCUGAAACCGUGGUGGGACGUUUUCUCAGAGUACCUGUGCGUUGCUAUGCUUAUGAUCGGAGUCUUUGGGUGCACCUUGCAGCUCACCCAAGACAAGAUUUCAUGCCUGCCCAGCCACUUCAGCAGCCCUACGCCUGAGGCAAUCGAUUGCAGCCACAUACGGACCUGGAAGGAGAACGAGACGUCGCAGCACUCACUGGUCGUACCCGCAAAGCCCAUCAUGACAGAGGUGUUUGGUCGCAGGAACAACCUGGAAAUCCCCCAGUACGUGUUUGUCAACCACUAUUGCUACGAAAAGUUUGUUCACUGGUACGCAAAGUACUUCCCGUACCUCGUUGUGAUCCACACUAUGAUCUUCAUGGUAGCGAGCAGCUUCUGGUUCAAGUUCCCCGGGACGUCCUCUAAACUUGACCUCUUUGUCACCAUCCUUGGGAAGUGCUUCGAUUCGCCCUGGACCACGAGGGCCCUGAGUGAGGUUUCUGAGGAAAGAGGAGAGGAGAAACUGGUUAGUUGGAGGAGGAACACCAUGUCAAAAGAUUCCACGGAUCGACGGGGCGAUGAGGAGGAGACCGCGGGUGUCGGACUGCUUCUUCGCUCGUCCUCCGUCAAAUCUAAUCCAGAGAAGAAAAUCCCGGAGCCUCAGUCGGCCGCCUCCUCCUUAGAUAAGAAGGAAGGAGAGCAGGCCAAAGCUCUGUUUGAAAAGGUGAAGAAGUUCAGAACUCAUGUAGAGGAAGCAGACAUCUUGUAUGUCAUGUAUGUGCUGCAAACGUCACUAAAAGUCUUCAAGUUCCUUUUAAUCAUUAUCUACACUGCGGUGCUGGUACCGAACAUUGAGAUAAUAGUGCGCUGUUUAGUUCCUCCCGAGCUGACUGGUUUCGAUAUCUAUUGCUGCAACCACAACAAAGCCCAUCUUUUCUCCAAGCUUGCCUACUGCUACAUCUGCUUUGUGGGAGUGUAUGGACUUCUCUGCAUCUACACUCUCUACUGGCAGUUUCAUAGACCUCUGAAGGAGUACUCCUUUGAGCAGGUCCGACUGGAGACGGGAAUUAACGACAUACCGGAUGUGAAGAAUGACUUUGCGUUCCUCCUGCACCUUGUCGACCAAUAUGAUGCCCUGUACUCUAAAAGAUUUGCCGUCUUCCUCUCCGAGGUCAGCGAGAGCCAUCUCCAUCAGCUCAACCUCAACCACGUGUGGACCGCCAAAAAGCUGCGUACCCGCCUCGCCAGGAACGCCAGUAACCGGUUGGAGCUCCACCUGUCGAUGUUGCCGGGGCUCCCCGACACGGUCUUUGACAUUCCUGAAGUGGAAUCGCUCAAACUGGAGCAAGUUAAAAAUGUCACCAUCCCAGCUAGCGUGGCAAAGCUGGAGUCUCUUCGGGAGUUAUCGCUGGUCUUCUGCCCUGCAAAGCUCCAGCUGCCUGCCCUGAACCACCUCAAGGCACACUUAAAGGUCCUGUGUCUAGAUUUUGAAAGUUUAGAGGAGGUGCCUAUGUGGAUGUACACCCUGCAUAGUUUGGAGGAGUUAUAUCUGAAUGGUCCUUUAACCAAUGAGGUGUCCAGAAGUGCCACUCUGGACUCCUUUAGAGGGCUUAGAGCUCUGAGAGUCCUCUCUCUCUGCUCCAACCUUACUAAGAUCCCACCCAGCUUAGUAGAUGUUGCGUUGCAGCUGCAGCGGUUGUGCAUCUAUAACGAAGGUGUCAGGCUACAAGGUUUUAGCAGCCUGAAGAAGUUAACCAACAUAACCUCGCUUGAGCUAGUGGGCUGCGAGUUGGAGCGAAUCCCGAGUGCCGUCUUCAGCCUGAACAACCUGCAGGAGUUGGACCUGAAGGACAACAAACUCACCACUGUGGAGGAGAUCCUGAGCUUACAGCACUGCAAACGUUUAGUGACACUAAAACUGUGGAACAACAAAAUCACAUACAUCCCUGAUCACAUCAGUAAGCUGCACACCCUGGAGACGCUGGACGUCAGCUGGAACAAGCUACGAAAGCUUCCCUCUCGGCUGUUUUACUGCACCAAAAUCAGGCACCUCGACGUCUCCCACAACCAGCUCACCUCUCUUCCUCCCGAGGUAGGCAUCCUGCAGAGCCUCCAGUUCUUCUCCGCUGCUUUCAACUCUUUAGAGACGCUGCCAGAGGAGCUGUUCUCCUGUAAAAGGCUAAAGACGUUGGCCCUUGGAAACAACUGCCUGUCGGAUCUUAGCUCCAGAGUGUCCAGCCUGGCCCAGCUGGUCCGGCUGGAGGUUAAAGGUAACCGGCUGGAGUCUUUACCUGUGGAGAUAGGGGACUGUCCCCUGCUGAAUCUCAGCGGACUGAUAGUGGAGGACAACCUGCUGGAUCUGCUGCCAUCAGAUGUACGCAGCAGGUUGACUAAUGGCUGAAUUUGUGGAGCUGUAAGGGCUGCCAUUGACUCGUCUUUUCUCAGUGUAGCAAAGGUGGUCUGAUCUGCAUGGAGAAAACAGAAAAUGAAUCCAUAACUGACCACAAAAGGCUAACGAAACACUAGAAAACAUAUUUAUAAAACCAGUUGUCAUUAAAUCUGAGUAAAUGAGUGAACAAUCAACAUGUUUUUGAAAAUGUUUUUUUAUGCAUUUUCUUAAAAAAGGAUUUUUUUUUAAAUAUAUAUUUUACAAAGUUUAUAGGUGUCAUUUACUUUUAUUUUGUAUUGUAUUUUUAUUUAGCUGUUGUUUUCUGGUGUAGAUCACGCAGUAAUAUAAAGUCUUUUAAAUUGAAAUUCAGGGGUCAGAUUACUGAUACUGUGGAUGAGACAAGGGCUUAACACAUUGCAAGAACAAAACAGGAUCUUCACCGUUUACUGGAUAUUUAAUGUGGAUUCUUCAGAGCACAAGUCAAAUAAUUUCUAACUGUGUUGAAUCCUGUUGGACAGGUUUAUACGGCACAGGGAAGUGUUUCCCACAGUGCGGUGGCUCAUGUUGCUCCCUUUCAGACACUGAACAAGUAGAGGGAGAAAAAGCCUUUCAGUAGCAGAAUAAAAGGUAUUCAUCUCUCUGAUUACAUAUUCAGUCAAAUGGAGAAGACUGAAAUCAGACAUGGGAUUAUGAAUCACAAGUCAAGUCGGCUCGAUGAUACAAUGAUUAACAGCAAGAAAGAAGAUAAAACUGCCGUCUUUAAAAUGCCUUUUGAAUGAGUGAUCUAUUGAGUGUCUGUGGGGAUGGGUGACACAUUGUACAUACAUUCUUCUCUGUUUAAUUUGUACUACCUCUUUAGCGCAGUUUAACUUUUACAGUAAAUUAUUUGGAUUUCCUUAUAAGCAGCUGGAAUUUGAGUAGUGAGAUUUAAAAUUACCUAAAAAUAUUAUGUGAAUCUGAUUGCACAUUUUGCACAUCAUACUCUGGUGUGGAUACAUAUACACAGUGCCUUUUGAACUCACUGAAACAAGGAAAUAAAAUGACUUUAAAGUUGCUAAACUGGA